UUGGCGGACUUGAUAAUCACGUGUCUGCAACAUGGCCGACCCAGGACUAUAAAGUUUGUGUGCUGUUGUUUAGCUUGGUAGCUAUUUAUAUAAAUGUUGUUAGCCCUUUUAUUUGCAACAUAGAGGUCAGGCUGAACUGAAGUAUUAUAUUUUUAAGUAUAGACAAGUGCUAUGAAUUCUCAAUGAAUAUAUACAAAUAUAAACGGCAGUAACACAUUAGGGAAAACUAAGGACAGCUAACGUUAGCUAACUAGGUAUUUUGCACUCGUAGUAAAAACAUAGCCUUGUCAAACAAAAACAUAGUCCUUCUGUUAAGCUGUCUAAUAGCCAGAUUUAUACACCAUGAGGAAAUGGAACUCACGAGAGGAACGGAGAUCACGUCGGCGACAAGGUGCUCACCGCAACGACUGGUACAGAGACAACCGGCAGAGUUCAUCACAAGACGAAUGGUAUGGAUAUAGUCAAACAGACUCCUCUAACCAAGCUUCCCAGAGAGGCUCUGAUGCUGCAAAUCCGUCCACCUCUUCGUCCUCGAUCUCUUCCUCCUCAACAUCAACCUCCUCUUCCUCUAACAAUGUGGCACCUGAACUGCCCGGGUUUUAUUUCGACGUGGAGAAGAACCGCUACUUCCGCCUGUUGCCGGGACACAACAACUGUAACCCCCUGACCAAGGAGCAGCUGCAGGAGAAGGAGAGAGAGAAGCACAGGGCCAGGCUGCUCUCGGAGGAUGACCAGCCCUUCAAGAAGGCGCCAAGAGUAGGAUUAAACACGGCUCUUCUGCUGCAGAAAAGACGCGUUGGGCUUCUACCUUCAAACUCCUACUGCAGGUUGGUCCAUGAAGUGAAGGCGAGUGGAAUGAUGCGACAACGUCUGGAAGUCAAGAGCACUGAAAACCACAGCCCCAACCAAGACAACUUCAGGGUCAUAGUGGGGGACUCUGCGUCUGAGAGGGUGUUCACGGUCAACGACGUGUCCCACGGCGGAUGCAAGUACGGCAUCAUGAACUUUAAAGGCUGCAGCAGAGGCUCACUGGCGGUGGAAAUGUGUGACAACCUGUACUUCACCAACCGCAAGGUGAAUUCCAUCUGCUGGGCAUCAGUUAACCAUCCCGACUCCCAUGUGUUGCUGUGUCUGGUGGGGAUGGCAGACACCCCGGGCUGUGUCAGUCUGCUCCCUGCCUCCCUUUUCAGCAACUCCAACCCAGAGCAGCCCGGGAUGCUGUGUAGCUUCAAGAUCUCGGCAGCCUGGUCCUGUGCCUGGUGCCUCAACCCUCAGGCGGACAAGAGCUUCAGCACAGGUCUGUCUCGCCGGAUCAUCGUGCAGGAUGCGGAGGCGCGUCGCACUCAGACGUACAGCGUGACCAGCGAUGUCUUGGCCCAGCAGUUUGCUGUCCGGGCCCCGGUGCUGUUCAACGGCUGCCGCUCCGGGGAGAUGUUCAGCAUCGACCUGCGGGUGCGCGGCCGGCGGGGGGGCGGCUGGAAGAGCAGCCGCUUCCACCAGGAGUCGGCCAUCACCUCGGUGCGCCUGCUGCAGGACGAGAACUACCUGCUGGCCGCCGACAUGCUGGGCCAGAUCAAGCUCUGGGACGUGCGGGCGACCAAGCCGGUGCGGGAGUACAAGGGGCACCAUAACGAGCACGCCUACCUGCCCAUCCACGUGAACGAAGCCGAGGGGCUGCUGCUAGCAGUGGGUCAGGACUGCUACACCCGGCUGUGGAGCCUCCAGGACGGCCAGCUGCUGCGCACCAUCCCGUCACCACACCCCGCCGCCAAAGACCUCAUCCCCAGCGUGGUGUUCUCCUCGCAGCUGGGCGGCCGCCGGGGGCUCCCCGGCCUGCUCAUGGCCGUCAAGCACGACCUGUACUACUUCUCGUACAACACGGACCCCCAGGAUACGACGGCGAGGCAGCCCGCUCGGUGAAGGAACCGUCGGUUUGCUUUUUUCACAACAAAGACACUUGACGCUCUACCGCGCCAAGUGUUUGACUUGAAUUGAGCUGGGCUGUGGGUUAUUGUGGUUCUCUGUAACAUCGACUCCGGCGGGGCUGAAGGGAUAUAGGUAGGUCAACUUUCAGUUUGAAAGAGGUUGGUAGGAAUGGUGAGCACCAGGGCGUUCGCUUGGGAGUAAAAGGAUGGAAUAUAAUAAUGGUUGGGGUUAUUAGGAAAAAAAGGAAACACUGUGAAAGAAACUAUAUGCUGUGUAUUUUCCAUAGAAAGUGCAAUUAUUAACAGACUUAAUUGACAUUUUGAAAUUAAAUAAUUGGGUGCUGGCAUUGUCUUCGCAACUUCCAUUCGUGCAUGCUUCAGCAAUUUGCUGUUUUUAAAGAAACUAGAAACGUA